CUGUCGCAUUCGAGCUUCAACUUUUGUCGCGUCAAUUGUCGCUCAACCACACCACAUCUGCUGCUAUGGACGACCUCUACGAUGAGUUCGGUAACUUUAUCGGCGAGCCCGAGGAGUCGGACAUCGAACAGGAACAGGAUGUCGAUGCCAACGAUUACCUCUACGACCAGGACGAGCCGGAGGAGGUUGCUGCUGCUCACGACCAGCAGCUGAUGGAAGUUGACGAUGAAGGACCCUCGAAUGCCGUCGUUCUCCACGAGGACAAGCAAUACUACCCUACGGCGCAACAAGUCUACGGUCAGGAUGUCGAGACUCUGGUCCAAGAGGAGGAUACACAGGCCUUGUCACAACCCAUCAUUGCUCCCAUUGUACAGAAGAAGUUCACCGUGGAAGAGGCCGACUUGCCUCCUGUCUUCUUCAGCCGCGAUUUCAUGACCGACUUGAUGAAUUUCCCUACUCAGAUCCGUAACGUCGCUCUCGCAGGCCAUCUUCACCAUGGUAAGACAGCCUUCAUGGACAUGCUCGUUAUGCAAACACACGACAUUCAAGAGAAGCUGGACAAGCGAAAGGGACGCGAUCGCGAUGAGCAGCUGAGAUACACCGACACACAUCUUCUGGAACGCGAAAGAGGCGUCUCUAUCAAGACUGGUCCCAUGAGUCUGGUUCUGCCCGCCACAAAGGGAAAGUCACAUCUGAUCAACAUGCUGGACACUCCUGGUCACGUUAAUUUCGCCGACGAGGUUGCUGCUUCAUUGCGUCUGAUCGAUGGUGUCGUCUUGAUUGUCGAUGUUGUAGAGGGUGUUCAAGUGCAGACUGAGAUGGUCAUCAAGCACGCUGUUCUCAACCACCUACCGCUGGUUCUUGUCGUCAACAAGAUGGACCGCCUGAUCCUGGAACUCAAGCUUCCCCCGGCCGAUGCCUACUUCAAGCUCAAGCACGUCGUCGAAGAAGUCAAUACUGUCAUUGAGAACGCCGUUCCUGGUCAAGGCGAGAAAUACCGUGUUAGUCCCGAAAAGGGCAACGUUGCAUUCGCCUGUAGCAUGAUGGGCUGGUGCUUCACUCUCCCUUCUUUCGCCCAUAUGUACGCCGAAACAUAUGCCGGCAGCGGUCUGGAUGUGCCUGAAUUCAGCAAGAGAUUGUGGGGCGACAUUUACUACAACCCUGGAAGUCGCAAGUUCACCCGUCGUGGAACAGAAGCCGCCAGCAAACGCUCUUUCGUCAACUUUGUGCUGGAGCCUAUUUACAAGCUUUAUUCUCACACCAUCAGCGAAAGUCCCGAGGACCUCAAAAAGACUCUGGAGAGCCUAGGCAUUCACCUUAAGUCUACACAACUUCGCGCGAAUGCAAAGGACCUUUUGAAAAUGGCAUGCGAGCAAUUCUUUGGACCCGCAACUGGCUUUGUGGAUAUGGUUGUUGACCACGUUCCGUCACCCGUGGAAGGAGCUAAGCAGAAGCUUGAAAACUACUACACUGGCCCUACGGACACCAAGACUGCAGAAAGCAUGCUCUCUUGUGACCAGGAUGGCCCUCUUAUCGUACAUGUCACGAAGCUGUUCAACACAUCAGAUGCAACUGGGUUCAAUGCAUUUGGUCGUGUGAUGAGCGGUACAGCACGCCCUGGUCAGAAGGUUCGCGUGUUAGGUGAGGGUUACACAAUCGAGGACGAAGAAGACAUGGUAGAAGCCACCAUCUCUGAUGUCUGGAUUGGCGAAUCGCGAUACAACAUACCUACCAGCGGUGUACCUGCUGGUAACUUUGUCCUGCUUGGAGGAGUCGACAACUCGAUCGUAAAGACUGCUACCAUUGUUGCGCCCAAGCUACCAGAAGACGAGGAUGCCUAUAUCUUCCGUCCUGUACAACAUUUCUUCGAAUCUGUUUUCAAGGUGGCUGUUGAGCCGAUAAACCCUUCUGAGCUUCCGAAGAUGCUCGAUGGUCUCCGCAAAGUCAACAAAUCAUACCCUCUCAUCACAACCAAGGUGGAAGAGUCAGGAGAGCACGUUGUUCUGGGAACUGGUGAACUCUACAUGGACUGCGUUCUGCACGACCUGCGCCGACUGUACGCAUCAAUGGAGAUCAAGGUCUCAGAUCCUGUCACACGCUUCUGCGAAACAGUUGUAGAGACGUCAGCUAUUAAGUGCUACGCAUUAACACCGAACAAGAAGAACAAGCUCACAAUGGUCGCCGAACCUCUUGAUGAAGGCAUCGCUGAAGAUAUUGAGAGUGGAAAGGUCAACAUCAGAGAGCCAGUACGCAAGGUAGGCAAAUUCUUCGAAGAGAACUACGGCUAUGAUUUGCUAGCGUCACGCAAUAUCUGGGCUUUUGGACCCGACGACAUGGGUCCCAACAUUCUACAAAACGACACAUUACCCUCAGACGUGGAUCAAAAACUACUCAAAAGCGUCCGAGACACGAUUCGUCAAGGCUUCUCAUGGGGUACCCGCGAAGGACCCCUAUGUGAAGAACCCAUCCGCAACACAAAAUUCAAAAUCACCGAUGUCAGUCUUGCGCCCGAGGCCAUUUACCGCGGUGGUGGUCAAAUUAUUCCUACAGCUCGUCGCGCAGCAUACAGCAGUUUCCUAAUGGCCAGCCCGCGACUCAUGGAGCCGGUGUACAGCUGUUCCAUGAUCGGCAACGCAGACAGCGUAAGCAGUCUCUACACCGUCCUCGCCAGACGCCGCGGCCACGUCCUCUCCGACGGCCCCAUCGCCGGAACUCCUCUCUACAAAGUCUCGGGUCUAAUCCCCGUCAUCGAUUCCUUUGGCUUUGAAACCGACCUUCGCAUCCACACACAAGGACAAGCCACUCUAUCUCUGGUGUUUGAUCGCUGGAGUAUUGUGCCUGGAGAUCCGUUGGAUAAGAGUAUUAAGUUAAGACCGCUGGAGCCGGCUUCUGCGCAAGCGACAGCGAGGGACUUUGUGCUCAAGACGAGGAGGAGAAAGGGGUUGGCUGAGGAUGUUACGAUUAGUAAGUUCUUGGAGCCCGAGCUGUUUAGGAGUUUGAAGGAAAGCGGUAUUUUGGAUCAACCUGCAUAGACGAGGAUGAAACAAGGGUCAUGAAAAAAAAUGCUGUAGAUUUAGGGAAAUGAACAAGAUUCUCAUACUCGCGCACGUUACUGAGAUUUCGUUGUGUAUAAGAUUGUAUGCUUAAUUGAUACUUCUCAUCUCAACCCCCAUCUCCUCCUCACCCAACUCUCCC